AUGGUGUCUGAGCUCAGCAUAACAGAUUUUGGAGCAGAGACGCUGCUCCUGUGUGACAUCGGGGUGAAUCUGACAGAUCCCAUGUUCAGAGGACUCUACAGAGGGAAGCAGAAACAUGACGCCCCCUCCUUCAUCACAGAUGAGUUCUACUGCACGGUCGGCUGCCAUCCCACCCGGUGCGGCGAGUUUGAGCAGAAUGGAGAAUCCCAGUAUUUAACUGGGCUGAGGGAGCUGGCAGCAGCACACAGAGGAAAGGUGGUGGCCAUCGGAGAGUGUGGACUGGAUUUUGACAGGCUGGAAUUUUGCCCAAAAGAAACUCAGCUCAAAUACUUUGAGAAGCAGUUUGACCUGGUGGAGGAGACCAAGCUGCCCAUGUUCCUCCACUGCAGAAACUCCCAUCAGGAGUUCAUGGACAUCAUGAAGAGAAAUCGAGACCGAUGUGUUGGAGGGGUGGUCCACUCGUUUGAUGGAACUGCAGAAGACGCUGCUGCUCUCAUUGACCUGGACCUCUAUAUUGGAAUAAAUGGAUGUUCCUUGAAAACAGAGGCCAAUAUUGAAGCUAUGAAGUCGAUCCCCACAGAGAGGCUCAUGAUAGAAACAGACGCCACGUGGUGUGGUGUGAAGAACACUCAUGCCGGGUCCAAAUGUGUUAAAACUACAUUUCCCACAAAGAAGAAGUGGGAGGCAGGACACUGCCUGAAGGACCGGAAUGAGCCCUGUCAUAUCAUACAAGUCCUGGAGGUGAUGGCAGCAGCGAGGGAGGAGGAUCCACUGGAGCUGGGCAACACAAUCUACAACAACACUGUCAAAGUCUUCUUCAGCUCAAGCUGAUAAUAAAUGACAUCAUCAGACUCACCGAGGUGUCAUUAAUAUUCUUUUAUGAAUCUGUUUGUGCGCCUCAGGACAAACCACUUAUACUGUUAUAUUAUUUGUGUUUACAGUCCUCUGUUAAUGCACAAUAAACAUAUUUUUUCAUAAGGAACACA